AGUUGAGUCACUCAUGAAGUGCGGGCAUCUGACAGCCAUGGUGAGUGACACCAGACAGCUCGGCACCCGCCUCGCCCUGUGCGUCCUUGACCAUCACCAUCCACCCUGUCCUCUCAACCAAAGGCAGCUUCAUCUCAUCCUACACACACACACACACACACGUGCACAAAAGUUGUUGGCAGAGCUUUUCUAGUGUCGUCUCUCUCUCCCUCCCUCACCCGCAGCUGCUUCCCGAUCGCUUUAUCGAUAUGAGAGCUGAAGUGCGGCACAGGGGGGCGUGGUAUGCAGACGGGUCCAAACUCUGCACAGAGAGAGAGAGAGAGAGAGACACAUGCAGCCAGCAUACAUACAAAGAGGUGUGUGUGUGCGUUUGCCAUGGCACAGUCAGUCAGGGAGGCAGGCACCUUGUAAGCUGUAGCCAGCCUGUCCUCUCCCCCCGCCUCUUCAGGCUGCAUGACUCCGUGUUUUUUACGUCUCGUCUGUCUGUCUGUCUGUCUGUCCUACUUUGUUGUCUGCCGGUGGUUGUCUGGUUGUUGGGCGAGUCAGGUCAUGCAGGUGCAGGUGUGGUGGUGGUGUCAUUGGUGUUGUCAAGUUGCGCCAACAGGUAGCCAACUGAGGUAGGUAUACAAGCCGGACAAACACAAGUAAGGUGACGUGACCUGCAAUGCCAUGCGAUGCAAUGCAAUGCGGCAUUCAUUGAUGCGAUGCGAUGCGAUGAUGUAUGUCAGAGUACAUGUCCAUUCACGAUGGCCACGCAGCCCAAUAAGCAACAAGUUCAGCCACCCACCCCUCCUUCCCUCCAGGCACGCACGCAGGCAGGCAGGCAGGUCUAUAUCCCCCCUGUCUCCCUCUACCCUCACUCACUCACUCGCUCCCUCACCCGUGUCGGCUGAGGGCGCUGCAUUCGACCGCAGCCCACUGCUGACAUCGUCCUCCGCCGGUUCAGGGGCCUCCUCCUCUUCACCGCCUUUCUGCUCUUCGCCCUCAGACGUACCCUCAAGCUUGCCACCUUCCGCAGUGCCCUUCCGUGGCCUUUUCCUUUUGCCCUUCUUCUUAUUUUCCUGUGCGCCGGCAUCGUCCUGUGCGAUGAUGGCGGCGACCUUGGCCUCAGGAAGGGCGUUGACAUGCCCGCCUGGUGUGGCUGUGUUGGUGAGGCGGCUGGACAGGUGCAGCAAGGAGGGGUGGUGGCUAGACACCUCUUUUAUCGUGCCGCUGACAGGGGAGGGAGAGGACAUGCAAUGCCUCCGCGUGUUGUUGCUUUGCUUUGGUGUGUGCUCACUUGAGCUUCUCUUCGGUUGCACGGAGUCUGCUCGUGGCGUCUGGGGAACAGAGACACGCCGACGUACGAAAAGGCGAGGGGCCAACCAAAUUUGGUCACAAGACUGGCCUGCCUACCCACCAGCGACGGUUUGUUGAUAGUUGGCGGUCUCCCCCCGCUCUCCCGUGUGGUUGUCGUCAUGUGUAAUGGGAGCAGGAGCCGCUGCCUCGGGCCCUGCCCUGUCUCGUCUUCCGUGUCAUUUCCCAAAGCAGCUGUGGUUGGCUCCUCCGCUGUUGCACGAAAUGCCGUUACAUCCACAUCCACGUCAUGCUGUGUUGUCUCCUUCACCACGACAUCCGUCACAUUGACGAGUGUCUCGUUAGAGGCGACAGCCAGCUCAGGCUGGCUCCCACUCUCGUCAGCAGUAGCCGUGGUGGCGUUCUCGGCCACCGCAUGGUCAGUGAGCUCCCCCUCCUCUGUUUUGGUUGCAUUGGCGGCUUCGCCUUCGACAGUGAGCUGCGUUGUGUUGUCAGCUGUCUCCUGUGCGACGGUAUCGUUGGUGGUGAGCCCUGCCUCGCCCUUCAACGUACUUGCGGCUGUAACAAUGGCUUCCUCCGUCACGUUGGCUGCUGCCGCGAUGGUGUCUUGAGUCUCUAGCUCCUCCUUGGCCGUCGCGUUGACACUCAGGGGGGCCUCCGCUGUCUCGUUCAACGUGACGUUGGUGCCAUAAUCCUCCCUGACCGUUGUGGCGGUGGCCCCCUGGGCCUCAGUCUCGGUUGCAUUCACCUGCGAUGUGAGAUCCUCGGUGACGGUCUCAUUGCCCGCGCUCCUCAACACAUCCUCAGAGAGAUCGUCUGUCUCGUUCUGAGCCACCUCGGCUUCAGCCUUGUGUGCUGCUGCUGCGGCGGCGGCGGCGGCGGCGGCGUGGCCAUAUUCCUCCUCUUCCCCCUCUUUGCCGAAUGUGGUAUUGAGGCCGACAGUAGCAUUCACAAGCUCUUGUGCGGUCUCGUUGACGAGGCCGCACGACUCUUCUGUUGCGUUGAGGGUUGCCAUCUCCUCUAUGCGACGCUCCUCGGCGGCCGUGGCCUCUUUUCUCGCCGCCUCUUCAGCCUUGGUGGCAUUUGCCGCAGCCGCUGCGUCUGCCUCUGUGCUUGCCGUGACAUUUGCGAGGUCCGCCUCCCGUGCCGCUGUCUCCUCUUCUGUGUGUUGUGCCUUGCGGGCUUUUGGAACCUCACCUUUCGAUUUGGACUCAGCCUCUUCCCAUAGUGCGCUCAUCGAGCCCCCUGCAGCCAUUAAUGAAAACAAUGCAUUCGUGCAGCAAGCGCCCUCCCUGGCUCCGCUGUGUGUUUUGUGUGGGCUCACCGCACGGGCGGACCUCCUUCGCAAAGCAGAAUGCGGGCGGGGCGUUGAGCGUCGACCUCUCAGCAGCCGCUGCGGCCUCGCGCAGUUGUGCCUGCACCUGGGCCAGAGCGUCACCUGUCGUCGGGUGCUCGCCAUAUCCGAGAGCCAUCUCACUGCAGCUCAACAGGGCAAACGUCGAGUUGCCACCCAUCCCCCUCUUGGCCGACACGUGGCUGCGGCACUCCCUCAGCUGCUCGGCACACUCCACCGUGGACUCCGAUGCCACACAGACGUGUUGCUGCGAUGUCGGCUUCUCGUCGCUUCGCCUGCCCCAGCAGAGCACAUCGCCGCCUUUGGAGCAGCCGAGGGGCGAGUAGGCAGUGAGCGGACCGUCGUGGUAGGCAGUGCAAGUGAGAGUCAGGCCGCCGGGCAGUCUGCACUCCUCCGCAACGGGCAGAAAGACCCAGACGAGUGUAUCUGCAUUGCAAAUCAUCCAGUUUGUAAGGGCCCUUGCGGUUCCCCAGCUGUGCAUGAAUGUCUGCAUCAGCCCGCUGUCCUCCCCUCUGUAUCCCGUCACUCGCCUGCAGUGUUCUGUGGCGGAGGCCCCUGGCCGCCUCGUGCGAUAAGGCCGACCCGAAAACACCGACCAACAGAGGUAUCCACGGCCACUGCCUCAUCGUUAGAAUGAGUGAUGGACGAG